AUGCACUACCACAAGCUAAAAGUAGCCAAAGUUCCGCUGCGGGAGAGCAUGUCCUUCUGUGGUAGGUGUAAACUGCUGUCAUACACACAGUGUUUCCAUCACUAGGUUUUUAGCAUACGGUUGAGGUAUAAUAUUAUGCCAUUUAGCAGACGCUUUUAUCCAAAGGGACUUACAGUCAUGUGUGCAUACAUUUUUACAUAUGGGUGGUUCCCGGGGGAUCGAACCCACUACCCUGGCGUUACAAGCGCCGUGCUCUACCAAUUGAGCUACAGAGGACCAGUUGAAUAGUUGAAUGCGAGUCACUAUGAUCAGUGACCGGUUACAUAACUUCCGAGGGAGAGGAAGUGUAGUCCUGUUUUUAAUGGCGUAUUGAUCUCCAGCACUAUAAAAGUAUACAUAUGUGAAAAUGGCGUGUUUCUACAUUCUGAAAGAUAAGAAAAAGCUCCUUUAGGAAGCUCCACGUCAUCACAUGUAAAAAAAAUACACUGGAAAUCCUCUUUAAAUAUAAUGAUGAGGAAGAUGUUGUUUGCUGGACACAUUUACUGAUUUAAUGUAUAUGUGUUUUACUUUCAGAGAUCAUUGAUUUCCUGUACAGUAGUGUUCUGCCCCAGUUUGAAGAGCUCCUCCGCCAGGUUCAGACGGAGUCAGGGGAGACUGAGUCCGGAGAUCUCCGUCUGGUUCAGACGGAGUCAGGGGAGACUGAGUCCGGAGACGAGCCACGAGAGCUCUUCCUGCUCUCAGAGAUCUUUGAAAAUGAGGACGACUGA